GGUAGAUUAUGCUAAUAUAUGCAAUGCGGCCAUCUCUGCAGCUACCAUUCUGAGGAUUCCUGAGUGUCUCAGGGGUUACAGGUGACAAGCCUGGACUGUAUUACUAUGGAAACCAAGCAGGAGGCCUCUACAGUGUGGAGUCAGGAGAGCGAGUCAGGCACACAGGUACAUUUUGAAGGAGGCACAGUUGCUCAGAUUGUGUACAGUGAUGAUCAGACUGACCGACAACAACAGGUGGUAUACACAGCAGACGGAAGCUCCUACACAUCUGUAGAGUCAGCCGAGCACACGUUAGUCUACAUUCAUCCUGCAGAUGGCACUCAGACUGUCUUUGCAGACCAGCCACAGGUGGCUUACAUCCAGCAGGAUGGUGCAACACAACAAGUUGUUCUGCUUCCCAGUGGCCAAAACAUGAACGCGGCUAAUCUACAUGUUCUCAGUAAUGUAGCAGAAGCCCCACAAGCCCUUCUUGAACCUGUGCCACAGGAGCAACUCUCCAAUCAGCUUACCUCCAUAACUGAUAUAGCUGAGCCCCCCUCCAGUCCUCUUGGUGCCACAGACUCUACUGAUGAUUCUGAUGAAGAUGAAGAAGAUGAUUCAGAGAUGGACGACUGGGAACCCCCUUCUCAGCAUGAAGACUUUAACCCCCACAAACUCUGGUGUGAGGAGUGCAAUGGGGCGAACCCUUCGGUCUGUCUAAAGCAUGGUCCUCUGCACCCUGUUCCCAAUAGACCAGUGCUGUCCAAAGCCCGGGCCAGCCUUCCGCAAAUCCUGUACAUUGACAGAUUUCUUGGUGGUGUCUUCUCCAAAAGGCGUAUCCCAAAGCGCACACAGUUUGGACCUUUGGAAGCCCCUCUUAUUUCUCAGAGAAAACUCCAGGAUAGCUACAUCCACCUUAAACUGUGCUUAUUGGAUUCUGAAAAAGAAGCAGAGAAGUCGAGUGACAUGUGGUUCAACCUGUCGGAGGAGGACAGCUGUAACUGGAUGAUGUUUGUGAGACCAGCGCAGAACCAUCUGGAGCAGAAUCUUGUGGCCUACCAAUAUGGUCCUGAAAUAUUUUUCACAACUAUCAAGAAUAUCCAACCCAAACAGGAACUUAAGGUGUGGUAUGCAGCAUCGUAUGCUGAGUUUGCAAAUCAAAAGAUUCACAGUGUAACAGAAGAAGAAAGAAAAGCAUUACGGGAGCUGGAGCGGAACUGGCCUUGUUAUGAAUGUAACAAACGAUUUGUAAGCUCUGAGCAAUUACAACAUCAUCUGAACAUGCAUGAUGACAAGUUGACUACAGCUACUAGAGCAAGAGGGCGGGGUCGAGGAAGGGGCAAAAAGAGACAUGGAAGAAGACCAGGACGUCCUGCCAAAUUCAUGCGCUUAAGUGCAGUAGAAGAUGAGACUGAGAAGACUGAAAUGCUUGAACUUACUGAAAAGCAAGAUAAUGAAGAGGAAUUUGAGGGGGUUCAAAAUGGGCUAAAAGCAGCAGAACUAGAGACUGAGCCUGGGACAGAGGCAGAAGGUGAACUCCCUGCUGCUGUAGAGGCAUCAGUCCCAGAAUCUGCUUCUCCGCCCUCGAACUUGGAGCUCCCUCUUGUACUGAAGGAGGACCCGUCACAGAACAGCGAGUCAGAUGCCCACCUCACAUCUCAAGAUAUGCGCCGUGCCAAGAGGAUACGAAAUGCAGCACUGCAACACCUUUUUAUCAGAAAAAGUUUCCGUCCUUUCAAAUGCACUCACUGUGGCAAAGCUUUUCGUGAUAAAGACAAACUGGACCAGCACUUGCGGGUUCAUGGUCGGGAGGCCUACACCUUUUCCUGCCACAUUUGCACAAAGAGCUUCAUGACAGACUCUGCUCUAGAGGACCAUCUGCUGGUGCACACAGAAAAUCGCUCCUACACCUGUCUCCUGUGCCCAGAGAUCUUUGAAAAGCUUGACCUGCUCAAGGAUCAUGUCGGGGUUCAUGCAGUAGAUGGCUGUUUCACCUGUCCCUCCUGUAAAAAGACUUUUAAUGACUUUAUCCAGUUGAAGAAGCAUAUUCGUUGCUUUCAUUCGGAGAAGGUCUUUCAGUGCCCAGAUUGUGAGAAGGCGUUUUGCAGGCCGGACAAACUUCGCUUGCACAUGUUACGCCACUCUGACCGCAAGGACUUUCUGUGUUCGACAUGCGGCAAGCAGUUUAAGAGGAAAGACAAGCUACGUGAGCACAUGCAGCGAAUGCAUAAUCCAGACAGAGAAGCCAAGAAGGCUGAUAAAAUCCACCGAUCCAAAGCUCUUAAAAUGAAAGUCCCGACCACAGAUUUCGAAAGCUUCAUGUUCAAAUGCAGAUUGUGCAUGAUGGGCUUCCGGCGGAGAGGGAUGCUGGUGAAUCAUUUAUCCAAACGCCAUCCUGAGAUGCGAAUUGAUGAUGUCCCUGAGCUUACUUUGCCAAUUAUCAAGCCCAACAGAGACUACUUCUGUCAGUAUUGUGAUAAGAUCUACAAAAGUGCCAGCAAGAGGAAGGCUCACAUCCUAAAAAACCACCCAGGAGCCGAGUUGCCUCCAAGUAUUCGAAAGUUGCGUCCUGCUGCUCCUGGAGAACCAGAUCCUAUGUUGAGUACACACACUCAGCUAACGGGGACCAUUGCCACUGCUCCAGUCUGCUGCCCCCACUGUGCGAAGCAGUACAGCAGCAAGACCAAAAUGGUGCAGCACAUACGCAAAAAGCACCCAGAGUUUGCCCAACUUGCUAGCACCAUCCAGGGUCCACUGACCACCGCAGUUAUCAGUAGUACUCCUGCAGUGAUUAGCACAGAUGGGACAACAGCUGAGGCUGUGGUGACCACAGAUCUACUCACACAAGCUAUGACAGAGCUAUCCCAGACACUGACCACGGAUUACCGGACAGCGCAGGGAGAUUACCAAAGAAUCCAGUACAUCCCAGUUUCUCAGGCUGGAGCCAAUUUAGCCCAACCUCAGCACAUUCAGCUACAGGUUGUGCAGGUAGCCCCGGCGUCUUCCCCACAUUCUCAGCACCAGGCCGUAGAUGUGAGCCAGCUUCAUGACCCUCACAGCUAUAGCCAGCAUUCAAUCCAAGUGCAACACAUUCAGGUUACAGAGCCCACAGGCAACGGGCCUGCCACACAAGUCGCUGGUCAGCCUCUUAGCCCCUCCUCCCAACAGACCAGUCAGGAGUUGAGUCCCUCUCAGUUGACCCCAGUGACCUUAGCCCAGUCUCAAAGUCUCUCGACCAGCAAUGCACAACCUCAGCAGCAGGGGGCAGUGCAGCAUGCAUAUUUACCUGGAAAUUGGAACUAUAGGGGAUACUCGUCUGAGAUCCAGAUGAUGGCACUACCUCAUGCUCAGUAUGUCAUUGCUGAGGCUAGCACCCCUGUAUCAGGUGUGAACAGUAGCCAGGUCAAAACGACACACUACGUUAUCUCAGAGGGUCAAGCCGAGCUGGACACCAAACAGACCGUGCCCCAAACCACAGCCCAGAGCCACACGGAACAUCUCGAGCAGCAGUCAACCAAUCAGCAGGCUACAACGCAGUACAUCAUCACGACUACUACGAACGGCAGUGGUGCUAGUGAAGUGCACAUCACAAAACCAUAAUGCAAAUACAACCCUUGCGGCACAGCGCACAUAUGAAUGAAUAGUGAUCAUGGGAUUAUUUUGUAGUUUAAGCCCAAAAAGAUAACAAGCACAUUUAUUUAUCAUAUUUAGAUAAUUUAUAUUUAAAGGUGCGUUAUGUAACUUUUUUGGUGGAAGGUCUAUGCCGAUGCCAUUGCUUUGCCAGGAAUAUUCCACAAUAUGGUAUACAUUGUUUAAGUUAUGGGUGUUUUUAAUUGAAAAACAUUAAUUGUUAUUGUAAGCAGGGUUGCUUAUCCAUAGAUGGAAAUAGUUUAAAAGUUCAAUACAAUUCUGUAAAACAUUUCAGGUAAAGCAGUCUACACGGAGACCUGCAGAUAAUGUACCCUCCACCAGAAAUGUUACAUAGUGCACCUUUAAUUUAGACAUUUAGCAUUCAUACAAGUUAGUUUUAUUUCUAAAUGGGCUGGAGAUUUUUUAAAGUGAAGGAUGUUGGACCACACUGAAACAUUCUCAGUAUUAUUUUAUUAUUUAUAUGUUUUGUUUUUAAUUUAACAACUACUCCAGCGUUGCACAAUGUGGAAUUUUCUUUCAAAAUUACAGCAAAUAUAUAUCUGAAAUGUUAUGGUGUUUACAACAUUAUUUCUGCUGUACUGUACCUCACGAGAUAAAUAUAGCACAGUUUGCUCUGCUAUGUAAAAAAAAAACAAAAAAAAAACUGACAGAUCAUUUGAUAAGAAAGAUAUCAAAUGUCUCAGCACCUUACCUCCAAAGCUAACAUACAUAUGAAUAUUACAUUAUAUAUUUGCAGUAACAACAUUUGGGCCUUUUGUCAUACGUCAGUGUAUUUGCAUAUGUAUGUUUGACACAAGUACAAUAAACUGAUCAUGAGAAGAAAU